AUGGACCCGCCAAGAAAACUGUUUACAGUUCCCCAGCGGAGCCGAAACCGCAGCAAAGGUGGAGAAUCUUCUGAGGAAAAAACAAACACAAACCCAGCGGAAGGAGACUGCCGGCCCACGCGGCACCGCGGCGCCGGCGGCUCGGAAGGGCGCAUGCGCAUUUUGCCGCUGCCGCCGGCGGCUUCCAAAUCACCCACCACCCAACGCGAGACUACAGAACGCAGGGGCGGAGGCAUCACUCCGCUCGCGAUCGCCGGCCUCCGCGGAGCCCCGGAGGACGGCGUCCCCGCGGACGGGAAACCCACGCGCGCGGCGGCCGAAGCGGGCGGGGAGCUGCGCUCAGCCGAGCCUCCGCCCCGGGGCCGGCGCUCGGGACCUUCCCCAGCGGCAGCCGGGGGGGGGGGUCCCGGAAGGGCCGGAGGGCUCGGCUCACCCCACGUGACCAGCAGCAAACCGGCGGCUGUCAUCCGAAAUGCCGUCGAUCGGGAAAAAAGGCUCCAAAACAAAAUAAAGCGUGCCCGCGAGGCCCCCGGCGGCGAGCCCCGUUCCUGGGGGGGCGACCCCGGCCCGCCCCCUCCCCCCGGGGGGUGGGAGCCCAGCUGCUCCGCCCCCCACUUCCGGCCCCCCUUCUCUCCUCCUGCAGCGAGUUCGGUGAGGGAGGAGUGGGUGCGGGCCGGGGAGGGCCGGGGAGGGCCGGGGGCGCCCGGACAGGCGGACGGAACCGCUCUCUCUCCCCCUCUCGCCCCGGAAGCAGCAGCGAACGGCGUGGUGCGCGGCGUGGACGCGCUGGGCGCGGGCGCGCGCCUGGUGACGCUGCUGCUGGACGGCGACGGGCUGUACCGCCGCGACCGCCUGUACCUGGCGCCCGACGGCUUCCUCUUCCAGGUCCACAUCCUCGCCCUGGACUCCGCCCGCUGCAGCCGGCCGUGUCCGGAGUUUAAGCUCGGCACCAGGUACAUCGUGAUGGGCCACGUCUACCACAAGCGCCGGCAGCUGCCCCGGGACCUGCUCCCGAGGCUGAAGGGGCGCGUGCGCCCCGGGGACGGGCUGCUGCCGGUGGGCAGCUACGUGAAGAGGUUCAACCGGAGGCGGGACCGGCAGGUGCGCGCGGCCAUGCGCCUCCAGUGCGGCUGAAAUGCAGCGCGGCGCCCGGGCCGAGCCCGGGAGACUCAAACUCAGCCCCAACGAUGAUGUCUGCAUGGAAUGGGGGGAGGGAGGGGUCUUUAAAAAAACGGGGCCCACAGCUGUGUUAUGGACAACUUGGGGAUCAUCCCAACUCUUAGAGUUGCCACAGGCUCAUGUGCCAGCCGAUUUCCACACGGACAGGACCCGCUUCUCGGGUCGGUAGCCAGUUCCUCAAAUGGAACCCGGGUUUACUGACACCCCUCCAGGACCUGACCUGUGCGGUGAACAGAUCACGGCUUCAUGUGAAGUUUUUAAAUUAUUUUAAUUUAAUACAUUCUCCGGUAGAAAUAGUUCACAAAAAAGAUCUGAAUUUAAAUAUACAACUUUGAACCGUUUAUAUCAUGUACCAAGCCAAAUGUUAUCCUUAAAACCAUCACAUUUCAAAUUCUGUACAAAAGAGGAAAGCGCACUCAUCUGAAGACAUUUACGGGUGAAAUGUCCUUUAGAUCACACCUUAGAGUUAGAGGAGGACAAGUAUUAACAUUUUACAUUUAAGGAGUACAAAAGGGCUAAAUUCAAGCACAAUAUUAUAGAAGGCAAGAGCUCCUGAUGUACCAAAAUGUAAAAUACAGUCUAGAUUCUAGCCUCCUGCUCCUAAUAGCUUGUUUUGUGCCAAACCGGCAGCAACUGCAGUAUUGCGAUGCUAAGCAUACUCUGGUGGAGCUGAUGUCAUUUUUCUAUGAAGACCUAAUAGCACAUUUGUGUAUGGGAAGCAGUAAAUCUUGCCUUGAAAUCA